AAUUUGAAAAUUCAAAAACCACCAGUAGACCAGUAGGCUAAAGUUGAAACAGAACGAAUCUAAUGUCUCUACAUGUUUUAUUCAAAACCAUCGUUUUAUUAUUUUAAAAGUAUUCUCUCAGUUUAAGCAAUGGAGAAUUCAGCAAUGUCAUCUGACCCAGAUGGAAUUCGCGUUUCUGCCGAUCAGAUGGACGAGAAGAGGCAGGAGAAAAUCGCCUACGAGUAUCUUUGCCGAUUGGAGGAAACGAAGACAUGGAUCGAAAUGUGCAUUCGCGAACCUCUUCCCCAGUCUAUUGAACUGGAAGAAGCUUUACGCAACGGAGUUUUUUUAGCCAAAUUGGCCCAUCGCUUUCAACCGCAGUCGGUGCCUCUGAAAAAGAUCUACGACGCAGACCAAACACGCUACAGGGAUGCCGGCCUAACUUUCAGACACACAGAUAAUAUUAAUCACUGGCUGGGAGCCAUGUCCAGUCUGGGACUGCCAUCUAUUUUUCUGCCCGAGACAACGGAUCUCUACGACAGGAAGAAUAUGCCCCGCGUCAUAUACAGCAUCCACGCCCUUAGCCUGUACCUCUACAGAUUGGGCAAAGCGCCACCCAUGCCCAGCUUGUACGGAAAAGCCCAAUUCUCGGACGAAGCUGUCAAAUUGAUGAGCCGGGAGCUCCAGCGCUACGGAUUAACUAUGCCGCAGUUUGGUAAAAUUGGAGGCAUUUUAGCUGGUGAGCUGCCGAUCGACGCUGCUGAACAUCACGCUGCCAUUAUUGCCAUCAACAAAGCCACAGAAGACGGCCAUUGCGAUUUGAUGAUUCAAGCCAUGGGGCAUCCAGCAGCUCAAUUGCGCGACAUUGAUCCCAGCCUGGCUGACCUCUACUUGCAAUCUCUCAUCGACGCUCUUGAUGAGAAGAAACAAUCGUCCCGCGAACGAAGCCUCAACAGCGACUUUACCGCCGAUAUUUACGACGAGCUCUUGACUGGAUCGGAGAUUCAGUGUCAGCUGGAUUCUGUCAACGAGUUUUCGGCCUUGGAGAAAAUCGCCAUGUCAGUUGAGAGUCGCGACACCGUUCGCAUGAUGGCGGCGCUGGCGCACCCAAUUCUCGGAAUCAAACGGCUUAACCCAGAUUACUGCCACGCUUACUUGAAAGCUCUGCACGUCGCCAUUUGCGGUGACAAAGGGAUCGAACUCUGCGACGUUCAAGCGCUGAUUAAUCAGGUCAAUCAUGAAAGAGAAUCUGUUCUCGAGCGUCAGAAGUACGUCAAUGCCGUCAACCAGUCGCUGGAAGGUUCUGACCCGAACCGCACCCUUCGAAUUUUACGUCAACUACUUGACACUGAACCCAUGUCCGAACUGGUGGUGCUCGAGUUCGCCGCUGCACUUUAUCACGAGGAAAUGAACAACUUCCGCUCCGUCACUGAGGAAGAUCUCAGCUUCGAGAUGAUUUGCGGCGCCAUUCGCACAUUAACGCAAGUGGCUCAAGUCACGCAAGCCGUCGACGGUCGGAAUGUGACUGAGCUGCUCUUCGUAUUGGAGGAACCUAUGCUCAGCUUUGAAUGCCUCAAUACCAGCCUCACGGAAUCCUACAUGGCGGCGCUAACGGAUCUACGUCGCGGAAAGGUCCGCCGGGAAGAUUUCUGCACAGUGCUGACGCACAAUGAGAUCCAGUCAUGCAUCCUGAAAGUGAACGAAGAUGCGGAGCGUGGUGAUAUCGCCCAGUCGAUUCAACGGGCCGUAGAUGGCGGAGACGCGAUCCAGUUGGCCGUCCUUCUCGGUUCUACUGGUCUAACUGAUCAGGAUCCCAUCGAGGAACAGGCUCCACUCUAUUUGAGGCUUCUAAAGACGUUGAGCGAAGCCAAAAGGCGAAGACAAGACUCUGAUGCCUUCUUGUCGAUGGAAGACGUCGAAGAAAUGCUGCGUAGAUCGCGCGAGUUGGCCACCGAAGCUGAAGAAGUCUGCCUGGUCGUGACUGGCCUCAACAAUUUACGCGAUCCAGCCGGAUUCGUUGAUACUUUAAACUCGCCUUACAUCAACCUUCCCGAUUUGAGUCGCUCACAAUUUCAGACGUGCACCAAGCGAUUGGGCACUCGAAUUCGAGGCAUUCGGAUUGACCAAUUGCCGGCUUCCAAAGCCUGGGUGAUGCAUCGAUUGGAGCAAGGGAUUCCCGUUUACCUCAACGCCAAAUCGCAAGAGAUUAGCUGGGAAAAGCCUCGCGACUAUUCCGACUCUGGAUUGGUUGGGCUUCGUGAAUUCGAAGACUUGGUCCUGUCGGUAGUCCAAGACGAUGAUAUGGAACCCUUAAUCAUCAGACUGCAAGCUUGCGCUAGAGGAUUCCUGGUGCGGGAAAAGAUCGCCUUCCGUUUACAUCAUUUUCACAAUAACGUCAGUUCGGUCAUCAAAAUCCAGUCUUGGUGGCGUAGUGUCGUGGAACAGCAGCGCUAUCGACAGUUGCAGCAACGCCAACAAGAAGAGCGGCAACGACAGCCACAACGUCGAGAUUUUAAAUAUUUUUCACAAUUUGUUGACGACAUUGUUUUGAUUCAAGCGUGCUGGAGACGCUGGUUGGCCCUACGGGCAUAUCGAUCCAUCAAGCGUGGGGAUAUGCCACUGUGUACGUUGCGUCGUUUCCUUCAUCUGCUGGACAUCGGCCAGCGAGAUUAUGAUGAAGAGAUGCAAGUCCAGCUACUAAAGAGUGACGUCGUGCAAACUAUUCGUCGGAAUAAACAGCUCGAAAAGGAUCUCAAUACGAUGGAUAUUAAAAUUGGGCUUUUGGUUAAGAAUCAAAUCGCCCUGCAGGAAGUGGUAGCACACGGCCAUAAACUUCGAAAACAUGUGAACAAAGCAGCUGAACAGCAGGAAAGGAGCUCUGAGAAUCACCAUUUUACUCGACCUGGCAUUGAAUUACUCUCGCUGACCAAGACGGGGCGUCAUAAGCUAGAAGCCUAUCAGCACCUCUUUUAUCUUUUGCAAACCGAGCCACGUUAUUUGUCUAAAUUACUCUUCCUACAGCCACAAAAGAUGCCCGAAACCAUGAUCUUAUCGCUAUACAAUUACGGCUCGAACUUGCGCGAAGAAUAUUUGCUCUUGAAGUUGUUCAAAUGUGCGCUAGAAGAAGAGGUCCGUCACAAAGUGGACAACCUGAGCGACAUUUCCACCGGCAAUCCACUCGUCAUCAAGCUCAUCCUUCAGCUAAGCCGACAGGGUCACCGCGUCGGCCAACUGCGAGAAUUACUUGGUCCUAUUGUUGAAAGGAUUCUCAAAGAAAACAUUUUCAUCAAUCUCAGUCCAGUGGAAAUUUACAAGUUGUGGAUCAACCAGUUGGAGAGUGCGUCAGGAGAACCUUGUGGAAUGCCUUACGAAAUUAGUGCCGAAGAUGCCCUGAAACAACCCGAAGUUCAACGCCGCUUGAAAACUAAUAUCGAAUUCCUUAAGGCUGCAACCACCCUUUUUUUGGAACAAAUCACCUACUCCAUUCGUAAUAUUCCGUACGGCAUGCUCUAUGUGGCCAAAGUGUUGGCUAGAGCGUUACGAAACAAGUUCCCGUUGGUUCCUGAAAAAGACGUCCUCAAAGUCAUUGGUAAUUUGGUGUAUUAUCGAUACAUCAACCCAACGAUCGUCUCGCCAGACGCUUUCGACAUCAUCUCGGUGUCGCCAACGCAAGUUUUGACGACAGAUCAGCGACGCAAUUUGGGCAAUAUCGCCAAAAUGCUGCAAUUUGCUGCUUCUAAGAAAGGAUUUGCGGAAGAGUCGCCUCAUUUAAUGUGCCUCAACCCUUUUAUUAUCGAGUGUCACGAGAAGUUUAAAGCUUUCUUCAAGGGAUGCAUCCAAGUGGAGGAGCCUGAAGUGGAAUUUGGCAUGGAUCAGUACAGCGAAGCAACUCUGAUAACCAAACCAACCGUUUGCAUGUCGCUUCAAGAGGUUGCAAACAUUCACCAGUGCUUGGUCGAGUAUGAAGAGGCUUUGGCACCUGAGCCUGAAGAUCCACUACACCAGAUUCUCGACGAUUUCGGCAGUGGUGAUCAGCGCAACCAUCCGUCUAUCCAGUACCUCUUGGCCGGAGAAAGCAAAGAGAAUGUUGGAACUUUCCAGGAUUUGAAUGAAGUGGCCAAGACGGAAAUUUUCCUGACGCUCACCAACAAAUUUGAAAUGUCCGUGUCGGCCCAAGAGGAAAAGAACCAGAAGCUUUUUGUGGCCACGAAACAAAUGCUCGUUUCCAUCUUGCGCUGCUGUCACGGAGAUAACCUGAAAGAGAUCAUUAUCCGGCCAGCAUCGAUCGAUGAGCAAGCCGUUUAUACGCAGUUCUGCCGACAGCAAAUGCAAUCCGAACAAAACAGUUCACGCUUUGUAUCUCGGGUCGUCUCCAACACCGACACCACCGAAACGGUGCUCAAUUCCCUGAAGAUGAGGGUUUCACGGAAUUUGCGAAAACUGGAACAGGUCGGCCUCGUCGCCAGCUCGGAUAGCUACGCGGUUUUGGUGGCCGCUUUAGCGCGAGACGUUGUCACUUUGCGAACUCAUCGCCGUGCUCGUUCCCAGGAGCUUGACCGACUUUUAUCCACCAAGAGGCUGCUAGACGAGAAAACUAAAUUCCACGAAGAGCAAGUUAAUUCGUACCAAGAAUAUUUGGAAACGUGUCUAAAGAACUUGACGCUUGGCAAAAAUCAGAAGCGUAUCCUCCAGCACCGAGCCGAAGGCAACCAUCUACAAUUGGCUAACGCCCUCAAGUCUCGAACAAUGCUGCACUAUUCAGCCACCAAACUGCACCAGAAGGGCAUUUUAAUCGACAUCGAAGGUUUGCCACAUGCCCAUUUCAAGUCGACCUUCUUCGAUAUAUCCCCUGCCGUCGAAUCCGGUGUCUUUGACGUCACGGCCAAAUUUAUGGGUGUCAGUGUCGAAAAAGUUCAACUCAACAUCCAGGAUUUGCUCCAAAUGCAGUUUGAGGGCGUUACAGUUCUAAAUAUCUUUAAGAAGGCGAAAAUCAACGUUAAUCUCCUUAUCUUUCUUCUAAAUUCUAAAUUUUAUGGGAAAACGCUGAAAAAGAAGUAAAAUUUCGGCAACUAAACUUGUAUAGCCUUUCAUGAAAUCCUCGUUCCAAUUUAUCCUCCUUUUUCCUGCUGGGAAACAGUUAAUUUCCAACAUGUUGUUAUGCUUAUAUUUCCUUGAUCUUAACCGGGUAUGGAUUAUCUAUAUUAUAUAGUAGUCCGGUGAUUGUAAUUGGUUUCCUCGGCCAUUCCCAUCAAUCGUCUAUGUAUACACAAUAUAUUCAAUCAUGAAAUUA